AAACACUUCUCAAAUAUUAAUUUUUCUAAAUUCAUUUCCUCUUUUCCAAUCCUCAAAGAGACAAACACCUUUUGUCUCCCUCUACAAUUAAAUAAUUCUCCUCCUCUCUCGCUCCAUAGCCAUGGAUGAAGCUUAGGUCAAUGAUCGAUCUCUAACAUAGAGAGAGAUCGAUUUCAAUUUUCUUCAACCAAAUUUAUAAUAUUUUUCACACCCCAUUAUUUUUAUUUUUCCAAUUCAGCAAAAAGUUUCAAUCUUUGUUGUUGGGUGUGUCAAAAUUCGAUCAAAUCAUAUAAAGGGUUGAAGAAGGCAUUGAAAGAAGAAAAAAAAAAGUACCAAAAUCCAAAACCCCAUCAUUUCCUUUUUCCAAAGAAGCUUCUCUCUCCUUGUUUUCCGUUACAUAACGGUUAUACAAGGUAGUUAAAGUUAGUUACAAGUUAGUUACAAUCAUAUUUAUCUUUUGUUAUGUCCAAUAUGAUUGUUCUCCGGCAAACAUCCUUUAAUAAUCAUCGGCACCGGCGACAGCAGCAGCAGCUCAUCCAUGGCGGCCAUCAAGGCGGUUCCAAGAAGUCCGCCGGGACAAAGAUCGGAGAGGUGAUCGGCGGUGCAACCGCCGUGUGUUGUUGUUUUCCCAUUGGUUUGGCCAACGUUGUGUUCCUUGCUAUUUACAAGGUCCCGGCUGGUCUCUGUAGACAGGCGCUGCAGAAAAGAAAGCAGCGCCGUCGACUGAGACAAGCCAGGAAAGAAGGGUUAUACCCUCCAAAUCGUUGUUAUAGCUACGCCUUAGACGAGGAAUUUGGAGGUAAAUUUUUCGGCCGCGGCGCCGGCGAAGAGGAUGUAGCUAAGAAAUUGAAAGAUGAGAAGUUGGAAGAGGAAAUGAUAGACAAAGAGGUUAUGGAGCUUGAGAAGGAGAUGUGGGAAACAUUUUAUGGCACUGGGUUUUGGAGAAGUUGUUCUAAAAGAGAUAAUUCAUCAUCACAAGGUUUUAUUAGCAUUGUUUCUGGUCCUAAUGCUCAAGUUCAUGAUGCUAAAUAUUGUACAGAAUUUAUCUAGUGGUGAGAUUUAUAUAUAUCAAUUUUCUCUAGCUAAUUUAUAUUUAUUAUUUUC